CAAGAUUCCCUGUGAUUUUACAUUCUACGCCCAAGAACCCAAGGUGGAUUCCCAAAACCCAAGAUCCUGUGAAAAAAUCUCAAGAGUGGCAUCGAUGUUAAAAGUCCAGUGAGUGUCCAGUGCAGCAGUACCAGUGUUGUCACCGCCGGCACACAGAUUUUUCAGAAUGCAGGCUGUAAUGUUUAUAAGCUUAAUAUUGGACCUUUUGGGUUUUACUGUGAUAUUGCCCCUAUUUCCUGCUCUACUAGACUAUUAUUCCAAGAAUGACUCAAGUGGACUUUAUUCAUCAUUGCUCAGUUGGGUGAAUACAUUUCAGCACUUCAUAGGAAUGCCAUCAAGGUUUCAUUCUGUCCUCUUUGGAGGUCUGUUGGGAUCAUUGUUUUCUUUGCUCCAGUUCUUAGCCUCACCGAUAACUGGGGCAUUAUCUGAUGUGUAUGGACGCAAACCAGUGUUUAUCUGUACUCUGAUUGGAGUUGCUGCCUCCUACGGGGUGUGGGCCGUGUCUGCCAACUUCACAAUGUUUGUACUGGCCAGGAUCAUUGGAGGAGCAACUAAAGGAAAUGUCUCGCUUGCAUAUUCUGUUAUGACUGACAUCUCUGAUGAAAAAUCCAGGGCCAAAGGCAUGGCCUUAAUUGGGGUUGCCUUCAGUAUUGGCUUUACCAUUGGUCCUGCAGUAGGAGCCAUGUUCUCCCGUUGGGGCAGCACUGGCUGGUUUGCAGCAUCAGCCUUGUAUGCUCUCACACUGGCCUUCUGCAACAUUAUAUAUUUUUAUAUAUUCUUCAAGGAGACCUUACCAGAGACAAAAAGGAGGGCAUCAGUUGCCUCAGGACUUUCUCAAGCUUGGGAGCUCAUCAACCCAAGGUCACUGUUUUCUUUCAGUCCUGUUAAAGGACUUGAAAAAGAGGGUAGGGAAUAUUCAUCAUGUCCCAAAAACCAUGAUUGUAUGGCCCUAAAGCAGGGGGGUUAUGUGCGGGCGUGUCAAAAAAGGCAUGAAAAAGCCCGGCAAACAAGGAACCCGUUGGGCAUUUGGAGAUCUUUAGGAGCUUUGGCAAGAGCAAUUGGACCAAUUGUCACAUCUAUAGGUUUCUGGUCAAUGGGUGCUGAGAUGUGCUAUAUAAUAGGAGGGCUAUCAAUGCUUGCUCCUCUGAUCAUGUUGCAGUCUUGCUGAGUCCUGAUGAGUAAG